GAUAGUAAACAUGUUGUUUAAAGGUUUAUAUAUUUUGCUAUUGAGUUUCACAAUAGUAAGUGUAAAAUCAGCAAAUAUCUUAGCAUAUUUUCCGUGCCCAUCUAUCAGUCAUCAAGUUGUGUUUAGACCUAUAACAUUAGAAUUGAUAAAACGUGGACAUACAGUGACAGUGAUAACAACUGAUCCAAUAUUUCCAAAAGGAGAAGCACCAGCAAAUCUAACUGAAAUAGAUUUACAUGACGCAUCAUAUAGUUUACUGUUAAAAAACGUACCUAAAUUUAUAUUAGGAAGAAGGAGUGAUUUUGUACAUCAAAUACACCUAUUGAAAGAUUUUAUUCCUAAGAUGAUUGAAGAACAAAUGAACGUAUCAGAAGUAAAGGAACUUUUGAAUGAUAAAAGUAAAAAAUUUGAUUUGAUAUUAGUUGAAGCAUUUUAUCUUAUGGCUUUAGGAAUAACUCAUGUUUUUAAAGCACCAACAGUUUUGAUAAGUUCUUUCGGUGCAUUUAUUGGCAGCUAUGAAAUAGUCGGUGCACCAACUAAUCCGCCACUUUUAUAUCGUAAUAUCUUCAGUCAAAGACUUUAUAAUAUGACCGUUUGGGAUAAAUUAAACGAACUGUAUACACAGUUAAAUAUAAGAUAUGCGAUGACUGAUUUGGAAAUUGAAGAAAAUAAAGCGUUGAAAAAAAUAUUCGGCCCUGAUGCACCAACACUAACGGAAUUAAAAAAUAAUGUGCAAAUGUUGUUUGUAAAUAUAAAUCCUAUUUGGGAAGAUAAUUAUCCUGUACCUCUUUCUGUGGUGCACAUGGGUGGACUACACCAGAAACCACCAAAGGAAUUACCAAAGGAUCUUGCUCAAUUAAUGGAUGAAUCGAAGAAUGGUGUGGUUUACUUCAGUUUUGGUACUAAUGUCAGACCAUCAGCAUUGGAUGCAGCGAAACUUGAUGUUUUCCAUAAAGCGUUUGCCAAGUUACCUUAUACUGUUAUUUGGAAAUGGGAUGAUGAAAGCUUACUGCCAAAAUCUAAUAAUGUUAAAAUAUUUAAAUGGCUACCCCAAGCUGAUCUAUUAAGACAUCCUAAUUUAAAAUUAUUCAUAACACAAGGAGGCUUACAGUCAACUGAUGAAGCGAUCACAGCUGGUGUUCCUCUCCUUGGUAUACCAAUGCUAGGCGAUCAGUGGUACAAUGUUGAAAAAUAUGUUUAUCAUAAAAUCGGUGUCGGACUUGACUUUGAAAAUUUGACAGAAGAACAAUUGAAACAAACUAUACUAGAAGUUGCUGAAAAUGAAAGUUAUCGUAAGAACAUAGAAAGGCUACGUAGUCUGAUGGAAGAUCAACCACAGAAACCACUGGAGAGAGCUAUUUGGUGGUUGGAACACAUUCUACGACAUGGCGGUGCGAAGCAUCUUAGAUCACCAGCUGCAAAUAUUUCUUGGUCCGAAUACUUAGAAAUAGAACUAGUUUCUUUAAUACUUACUAUUUUAGUUACAUCGUUAUUAAUAGUUAUUUUGGUAACAAGGUAUAUAUUCAGAAAAAUAUUGCAACUUUAUCGAAUUUAUAAUAAGGAAAAGGUAUUGUAAUUUUAUAUGUAACUAGCUGUCGCC